GGAGGGGGCGGUGAAAGCAGAGCUAUGAUGCAGACAGCAAAUCACAUGAGCAGGGAUCUGUUUACAAACCGAGACCUUUAGACAGAGAACGUGGGGAAGAGAGACGAGGAAGGCGAGUGAAUGUGAGAAGAAAAGAGAAAAAAAAGAAACCACAGGCGGAGAGAGGAGACCCUAGGUCUGAGUUAACAUUGGCUGCAUUGUCUUCCUGCGUUGACAUACCUCCCCGUGUUCUGUGUUCACAGCAGGAAGCCGGGGGAAGAGAUGAGUUGCUGCUUUCCACGGGAACACUGAGAGGCUGCCUGCCUGCUUGGCUGGCUGUGCUGCCGGGAGAACCCGUCCACGUCCCUCCCUUUGUCUCUCCAUAAUUGGCAACGGCAGGUUUUCACAGCCAGAGAGGACGAAAGCGGCGUGGAGAUCUAAAAGGAGCGGACAGAGGAGUGAGAAGAAAGGAAAAAGAGAACAGAAGAAGAGGAAGGGAAGGACAGCCUUGUCACAGUGUUUUGAAGGGGGAAACAAAGCCAGAGGCUCAUAACAAAAGUGCUGUAUGGGAUUUGGAAUACAUUUCCUUGUCUUGUCAGUGACAUUGGUGUCUUCUCAUCAGCACAACUCCACGUCGGAUUCUUUGUCAUUUGUGGGGAAUGCACAAAGGAGCACUUUAGUUUCUACCUCUGAUACAUUCGCAGCCGUCUGGGAGUCAAAAUCUCACAUAAGUGGAUGUUUUUUAUGACAUUCAUGGGGUAAAAUCAUCACAGCAGACUGAAACAUUGUGUUCAAGGUCCUAGGUGUCUCUGAUCAGGUGUACUGACUCUAGACCACAAGGAUUUAACACAGGUAUAAGAGGAACCUGGAGGCGGACAUCAUUUUCAGUGCUGGAAACAAUCCCAGAAAAGUUGUGCAAAUCAUAGUUUGUGAUACUGGAACGGCUUACUGGGUUUGCUAUAUGAACAUUUCUAUAUGAACAUUUGAUGCAUCCUGUCCACUGGUGUAACGGGUGUCUAUGUAACCUCGGACUGCAGAACUCUGAUCCUUACUGCAAGAUGACAUCAGAAACAUUGCACGAACUGCCGCUCAACGUCUACAUAAUCAUCCUGGGCAUCGGCCUCUUCAUCCUCAUGCUCAGCCUCAUCUUCUGCUGCUACCUGUUCAGACUGAGGCGACGAGGUGCUAGAGGGCAGUACGGCUACAACGAGGUUGUUUUAAAAGGAGCGGAGAAGAAACUGAGCCUACUUGGUCAAACAUGUGCGGUGUGCUUGGAAGAGUUUCGCAGCAGGGACGAGCUUGGAGUGUGCCCGUGUUCCCAUGCUUUUCACAAAAAGUGUCUGCUAAAAUGGUUAGAGAUUCGCAGCGUGUGCCCCAUGUGCAACAAGCCCAUUUGUCGCCUCCAGCCUGACCACCAGCAACCAGUGCCUCAGAGUCUCCUGGAGGUCUGAGAGUGGAGCGUACGUCCAGCAGCACUCCACGGCUCUUCAGUCAAUUGACCUGUCACUGUACAGAAUCCGGUUCCACAAUCUGACACACAGUACUUUGAGUAAUGUGAGUAUUUAUGAGGCAGAGCUCUUCUGAAAGUGGAAAUAAAUAUAGAUAUGAGAGUAAAUAAGGAAAGCCAAAGAACAUUCCCGGCAAACUGAAUAAGGUGAGAGAUGGGAAUGGUAAUCACAUUUAAUCUGUAUGUACACGGCAUUCAUGAUAGAGUUGCAGUAGGUUGAAAUCAACCAAAGGCAGAAAAAAGGAGAAAGUUCAAAAAUAACCAGCCAUCUCAUACGGCUUUCCCAUCAUUGACUUCACAGAACUCAAACCUCUCUCUCCCACCUGAAGGUCCUGCAUGUUCCUGCUUGGAAUUCAUUUCUUUAGAUAAAAGGUGUACACUUGCAAUUUAGAGUCUAUUAAUUUAGUUUGGUGUUAUUCUCCCUUUGUGUAGCCAUGCACAGCUCCAAGUGCUCUGGGUAUGUUUGGAUCACCCACUCAUGACUAGCUUUGCAGACACAAAACAGACUUUUUUUUAAGUCAAACUAACGCAACCAUGAUAGCGAUGAUCAUCACUAUCGACCAUAGCUGGGAAUGGCCCAGAGACCAGAAAGCAGUUUCUAGUGGAGGACUUGUUUAAGGCCAAAAAGGCAUAUGAGGUCAGAAGGUAGCACUAAGUUUUUCAGUUUUGGCUCUCUUCAAGUUUGUCCUCUUUUCCCAGCUGGCAUCAAGUGAGGUUUGACCGUUUUGAACAGAGGUGGAAGAGAUUCAGUGAGCAUGGGCACACCAAGAGUUAGCAAUCCAAGUGGAGCAGACGUGGAGGGAGAGGUGCAGCACUUCACAGUGGGAUAAUCUGGAGUCAGCUUUAAAUAAAGCUACUUUUUAAUGGUGUGGUCACAGAAUUAUUAUUUCACCUCUUGGCGAUCAGCUGUGCGGAUUGCCUCGCCGAUCAUGAGCUAGCUUUUUAAAGCCUAAAAACAAAACCCAGAGAAAGUGCAGCAGUCCACUUUCCUCUGCAACUGCUGGAUUACAGCGUGCUGGGAGGUUAUCAAUUUUCUUUUUUUUCAUUGUUGCCAAAACGAUUUUGUCCACUGUAGCUUUAACACAGUCAAGCCAGAUGUGUAAACUAAUGGACAAGCGCCUUCAAGAUGCAUACAAUGCAAAGCCCACUAAAAACAGAUGAAGUAUUUAAGAGACUUUGUAAUAUAAAAGAGAAAAAGAAACUGGAUUUGAAGUGAAAAAUGUAGCAUCCAUGUAGUUUUGUCAAAAACAAACAAACAAACAAACAACAAAAACAACAAUAACUCAGACCACAAAUCAUGCUUCCCUUCAUCAACCUGUGAUGACAAAGUUGUUACGAUUCGUGUUUGAAAUUCAGUUUGCUGGUUAUGGUGGAAGAGUCGGUGCUACGUGUGCACAGUGAACGCGAAACUUGUCAGACAUAAGUCUAAACUUCAGACUUCAAAAGGCUCCAGUUUAAUAUAGACACAAGUUUUGCUUCAGGCUAAUGUUCUCUGGCUCCAGCCACCAAACUUUUGUGCAAUUUAAAGACAGCGUCAUCAUCAAUGUAUGAGCAGGAUCAUUAGCAGAUUGUAGAGAUACCAGCUAGUUGUCACUAGUUAACACAAACUUGUUGAUCAAGUGGGGUCAGAUAAUAUAGCUUUACUAUAACUGAACUAAUGAGAUUAUUUCUGCCUUCAGAGCAGCUCUGCCUCUGAGAAAUGUUUGUAUGACAAACUCCAGUCUGCUUGUUUUUUUUGUUCUUUUACUUUACCCAAAAAUGACAUGCAGCUCCUUGUGAACAUGAUUUGCUUUGAUCGUUUGCUACAUUUUCAUAGAGUUUGAGAAAAAAAGUACAGUCUCUUGACAAUGUUAUGAAGAGAUCUGAACCUCCUUUGUCUCUGUGUGAUGAGACGACAACGAUGAUGAUGAUGAUGAUGAUGAAUGCAGAGACUGUAAAGAAAGUGCAAAAUGACCCACGGGGCUGAUUUAACUUAAGGAAAUGGGAUUAUUUUGAACUAACAAGAGGAAGAGGUGUAUUUAUUCAGGUGUAUCUACUAUUUCUCAGUCAGCUCUGUACUAUACUGGGUUGCCAAGCUGAGUGAAGGUAGCCAUGUCCCAAAUGUCUUGAGUGACUCACCCACUAAAAUAUACCUGAUUUUGAUAUUUGUUUCUUCUUCUUUAAAAAAAAAAUCAUAACAAGGUUUCAGUAAAAAUAUACUGUGAGUCUGUGAUGACACAGCACUUUUGCAGGAGUGCUAACAUGAACUAAUUCAUCUUUAAGGCAAUCUUAGCUCCCCAUGUGUGAAGAGCUACGCUUGCUAAAGUAAGAAGGGACUGCAGUGACAUGAAAGAGCCUGUCCGAGAACAAGUGAGGUACAUCAUAAUUAGAAUUCUCUGUGUUCACCAUGUUAUACAGGUUAAGUACUGUGUAAACUGUAACUAUAACAGUUUCUGACUUCUAAAAUAUAUUCAGUACAAUCAGCUUUUUGAUAAGGUUGUCUGGACCCACGUCUUUUUUUUUGUCUAGAUUUGUUACAUGUACACAAUUAAAACUGUUUAUUUCUAUGUUGUCAUUUUAACAUAUGAAAGAAAAGCCUGUUGGUACUCUCGCUAUAUUUUAGCAACUCUGAUCUUUUACAAUGUGUCCUCAUACAGAAUAAUCACAGUGUUAUAACCAAUGAGGUGCCACCUUAUCGGUGCUAUAUAAAUGUACCCACCAAUAAUUCUGUGUAAGUUUAAAUGCAGUUUGUUGUUAUCUUUUUAGCAGUGUCUUUGGUGUUGACAACCUCAGCCUGUUGGUUCGUCUCUCCAUCAAACACUUUGAGCUUUGAAGAAACCAGACAAUUAUUGUACCGCUAUGGGAUGCUGUAAAAACCAUAACUGGUCCCCAGUGGGGAUCCAGAUUACUUUAAAAUUAAAGUAUUCACAUAUC